UUAUGAAUCUACAAAUUUUCAUUACCUAAGCAUGCAACUAUUCCUUCAACAACUUGUUUGAUUGAUUAGUAAUCCUCCUCAAAUUGCAUUUUACCUUCAUUGUUUUUUGCCAGCUUUAUCAUAAAUUGACUAGUUUUACGUUGGCGGUCAACUUUUUGUAACCUGCGACCAUAACUUAUUUGGAAUUGUGAUAGAGUUAGUGUUGUUCUUGUUGUUGUUAUUAACCUGUCUUGCAAUAUUGUGAAAAAUGGGUGGUGAAGUAUCUAAGGUAAAUGCCUCACCAACUAGGAUCCCCCCAAAAUUCCUUUAUCGCUUAGAUGACAUUAAAAAAAGGCGUAUCAACGGACGAACGUCCAAACAGUCUACACCUUCUAAGAAAGAAUUGCUUUCUGAUCAUGUCAUAGACGAGUAUGAGAAAGAAAGUCUAAGAAAGGAGGAGUCUGUUUAUAAGGAUAUGAAAAAGGUAGAAGCAGAAAAGGAAAGGGUAGCAAAAUUGAUAGAAGCAAUUGUUGAGGAAGAAGAAGAAGGGGAACAUGGAGAUGUUGAAGAUGAUGACAAUUAUAAAGAUGAUGAUAGGGUGAUUAAGCGUCAUGUUGAGGAGGAUAAUUGUCCUGGUUCACCAAGUUUUAGAGUUUACUUCACAAAUAACAAUGUUGAAGACAAGAAGAACGCAGUUAAUAUUGGUAAGAAGGAUGUAUGUAAGGACACAACCCCAAUUGCAGCUACCACACCAACUGUACCUAUGGCUGCUACCAUACAACCAUUAACAAAGGAGCCCGUGGUCAAGGAGAAAGAAAGGAAGAGGAAGAGUUUUAGAAGAGCGCUGCCUAAGAAUCUGUUGAACGUUCGAUCAUGUUGCUCUGCAGCUCACUCCUCCCCCGACCGCGCCCAUCUUCUUCCCGGAAAAGCACCAGCUUGAUCACUCACCAGAUUUGUUUUUUUUUUUAAUUAUCCUUUAUUCUUUAUUGGCUAUAUUGUCUCCUUGUAAACUGGAUGUAUAUGAAAAUCAGUAAAUUAAGAACUCA